AUGUCCACCUUAUAUUGGGAUCUUGACGUAUUGCCUAAAGUGAUGUACAAUGAUAUAGAUAAAGUACAUCUUCAAUUCAGCGCCCCCGCCCUCUGGGACUAUGUUCUUCACUCUAUCGUCGGCAACAGCAUCAGGGGUAACUUUACUCCUACCAGCUUCAACGAAAAGCCGUGCCUUGCCCCCCCUUAUUUUAUUCCGAAAAGGAACACUCGCGCGCACUUGUGGCCUAGUGGAAGUGACUUUAGGACGAAAAGUGUGUAUUUUAAGCCGCGUAUAGUGCGCUCCACUCGAAAGAGGUUUCAUAGAUUUAUGCCAGCCAUGGUAGUGAGUGGGACCUUAGAAGGGAGAAGUAGCGUAGCGCUGAAGUGGUCAGUGGAUGCUGUUCAUUUAGAUAAGGCAGAUACUAGUGUUGUUUUUAGGUUACGUUAUAGAAAAUCGACGAGUGCCACCAUUUACCAAGUGUUCUUUACAAAAACAUUAAGAUUAGAUUGUGCUAUAAGUAUUCGUAGUGGACAUUCCGGGCGCAUCCACUCCGGCCACCUGCCUCACACACAUGGGUGCCGCCUUAUCUUCCCCCAACCCUCUCCGAGGAACGCUCUCCUCAUAGAAUUGCAUAAGCUCAACGUGCCAUGCUCAUCUGGCUACCUUAGAUUCACCCCGACUUCUCCAACGAUAUGUGGAAAACUCGAACAGAUACCGAUCAGAUCGAGGAAAUUUCUUUAUCAGUCUUCGUCCAGGAAACCUGAGGUGGAACUCCACGGUCGACCCAUGUUCGCCGCGAUCUACCGUUUAGUGGAUCACUGCCAUGAUGUCCUUAUAACGGGGAGGAACGGCUCGUUCGACGUCGGCCCAGCUGAUAAAUUACAGUGCUCCUAUAACAUUCAUCUGCCUUAUGGGAACAAAGUCGCGUUACGGCUCCAAAUGGGUACAAAAACAGCCCACGACUCGAAGAUCAUUCACGAAGAGUCCCAACUAUGUAAGGGAAUGCAACUAAGCUUGCAAGACGGCGAAUCGAGAUGGAAACAUUGUUCCCAACCGGGUGAUCCUCUUCGCAGCGUUCAGAUUAUUUCUGAGGGAAAUUCUAUAAGGCUCAACGUAACUAUACUAGGCAAAAGAAAUUCUUCAAACAUGUGGCUAAAGGUAUGGUGGAUGGAUAAACCAGUCGAAGAUAUAGUCGGGAACUGCGAUUAUGGAUGGUUGGCGUCUGGAGACUUCUGUAUUACAGCAGUGAGGGAAAUAAAGAAAUCCUGGAGGCAGUCUGAAGCUGAAUGCGUCAAGCUAAGAGGCCAUUUAACUAGCUUAUCAAACGAACAUCAACAGAAAAUCUUGGAUCAAAUGUUAACUCAUACACCCGGCGGCACUGAAGGUGACGUGUAUUGGAUCGGAGCAACAGACACGUUGCACGAAGGAGAAUUUCGAUGGUCGGAUGGACUUCCAUUUUCAUACGCGCAUUGGUUCCCUGGUUGGCGCAAACACUCAAGUCAACCCAACGACGAUGGUACGUCUGGACAAGACUGUGUGGAGGUACGAAGAGCUAUGCCUCCGAGACCUGCCCACCCCACUUUUAUGUGGAAUGACAGGAGCUGCAGGGAACACAAUUACUUCGUGUGCGAAAGACCUAGAGCGAAUGAUCCGUACAAAGCAUCACGUAUCCAAUGCAACGAGACCAUAGUGCUGUCUCACUCUCACCAGCACGCUACAGUCUCGAGCCCCGGGUUUCCUCGGCCUUAUCCGGAUGAUGCAGAAUGCGUCACUGAAGUCAGAGCACCACCACAGCACACCAUACGGCUGCACUUUGAGGAGCUUCUCACAGAACACGAGCCACAUUACGACUUUUUGGAGAUAUUGGAGCCGAGCGUAGACAACACCACAGACCGUGAAGAUUGGGUCUCGGAUCAUCACGCCUAUAGCUCGGAAAAUGAGGUAUUUGAAGAACUUGAGACGCUGAUGCCCGAGUCAGAUGCCGUGAGUGCCGGCUGGUCCCGGGAAUCCUUAGUUCGCAGACGUCGCCUCUGCGGUGAUUGGGGUGGAAAGUUGAAGCUGCUGCGUUACCAAUCACGGGGUCACGUUCUACGGCUUCGCUUCCGAUCAGACCACUCAAGGCACUAUGCGGGUUAUCGGGCGAAAGUCACGUUGUCCGAUUCACAGUCAUGUAUGGACUCAAAGCAAAUACUUUUCAACGGGUUCUGCUACCUCUUUUCCGGCUAUCCUCGUGCUUCCUGGACCACAGCUAAGCAGGUUUGCGAAGGAUUAAACAUGCAUUUAGCGUCCGUCCACACACCGGAUGAAGAACGUUUUUUAGUAUCAGGGAUUAGGCAAAGCAACGAUUACAGCGCUGGCGCUAUCUACUGGCUAGGCGGUCGUUUAGUAAACGAUGAACUGGCUUGGAUAGAUGGAAGCUCCAUGGUGUACCAGUCUUGGCCACCGUACAAUAACACUGAAGAAGUCGACCAAGCAUGUUUGGCUGUACAGUGGAAAACAUCACCUGUUCCUUCUCAACCCAGUGGGUUAUAUUGGACACUACACAAGUGUUCAAUAACGGGAGGUUAUGUUUGCAAGCGAAGACUCAACCCUGAGAAUUUGGUGAAAAAUGAAACUGUUGAAGGGACUUCUGGUAUCCUAAGCAGCUUGAACCACCCGGCGGUUUAUGACAACGACCUGGAUUACUAUACUGUCUUCAAAGGCCCACCCGGAUCAAGACUUGUUUUCGUCUUUCAAAGUAUCGAUUUGGAGUACCAGAGUGACUGCUUGUAUGAUUUUAUAGAGAUGCAAGAUCGUCAACAUGUCAAAUCGGCGAGAUACUGCGGCACUGUUGAAGAAGUACGUUGGGUUGCUUCUAGCAAUGAAGCUGUUCUUCAUUUUCGUUCAGAUUAUAGCAUACAAAGCACUGGUUUUCUUUUAAAAUGGCAUGCAGUAGAACUGACAGGAUGCCCUUCACAAACGUUUACGUCUAAAGAAGGAACAAUAACCAGUCCCAACUAUCCAUAUUUUCUUUUACCAGAUCUUGAAUGCACUAUAGAUAUUUUGGCUCCAACAGGAAAGCGUGUAUUCCUCAACAUCAGUUUCUUCAAUUUUGGCUACGGCACUUUUAGUAAUGGAAUAUCUGUGAACCUAACAAAUGCGAUCCCGGAAGACAAUUAUCUGGAAGUCCAAAUAGACCCUCAAAUUGAACCUAUUAGAUCAUUUCAGAAUCCUAAUGUAUUUACUGGUGUAAGCUACCUAAACGUAUCCUACGUGACGGAAUUGGGCUCGGUUCGCGUCGGCCAAUUGUCACCACCGAAUUGGCCCAUUGCAGGCCCUACCCAAGCCAGGCUCCAGUCGAGACUGAUAGCCCCACAUGGGUAUACACUAUCAGCGUCGUUUGCUAGAACCACACUUGCCAUGAAUUCUGACCUCUGGCCUUGUGGAGAUGGCAAAGGAUGGAUUGAGGUACAAGAUAGUUAUACAGAUAACAACGGUACUAAAUGGAUUUUGUGCGAAUCAAAACGACUCAUGCGCAGUGUGGAACCAAUAGUGCCUCUCAUAAUUAACUCAUAUUUACACACUUUAAUCAUAACUCAGUACUCCGCUGAUCGCCCUGUGGACAUGGAGGUUUCUUUAGUUAUUAAUUAUGAUCACGAAUAUCACAAUAAAAUUCUGUUAUUACCGGAUGAAACAAGCCUAGAAUCGUGUUUCCCUAAUCCGUGCCUUCAUGGAGGUAAUUGUGCUACAGAAGAGAGUAGAAAUAUCUGCCAAUGCUCUGGAUACUAUACUGGCGCCUUUUGCUUAAUAACGGCAUGUGAACGAUCACCGUGUAUGUUUGGCAACUGUUCGCUAUCAGAGGACUUGGAUGAAGGGGGGUUUCGUUGCGCUUGCGCACGCGGUUGGCGCGGUAAGCGAUGCUCUGAACGCAUCAGACCUUGUGCUUCAAAGCCAUGUAACCAUAGAGGAGCCUGCUUAGAGAAAGAUGGCGCUUUUUUGUGUCAAUGCAAUCCUUCUUGGAAGGGCAAAAGAUGUGAAAUACCAAAUCCUACACCAAACAUAGUUGGCCUAGGAACAAGAAUGAUGCAGGAACCAUUUUGGCUUGGACUCUUUGCAGUAUUCUCAGUUUUAGGGAUGGUUGGUUUAGUAUGGUGUGCAAAACGCCAUUUUCCAGAAAAAAUUGAAAAGCUCCUAGCGGAAGAAGCCGACCGAUGCGCGAGACCGGCUGGUGCGGUGCGGCGCGGGCGCAGCACUGGGGAGGCUCGAACACUGCUCACGCGGCUCGGUAUCCGCAAGCCGUCUAUAUCGGGGCUCGCCCAACCGCGGGCCGUGCGCACCUUUAGUUUGGACGAUCUCUUAAAGCCGCAGCCUGGACGAUCACCAUCACCUCGCAAGAAACGCAACAAUUCAACGCCAACUAAAAAAAAUGCUGCUGAGAAAAAACAAAUAUUACAGCAAUUAAUAAGUCCCGCAGCAGCAAACAACCAUUCGAAAAAAAUAUCUAUGGGAGAACUUAUACAGAUGACGGAAAAGAAGACUUUAAGCACGGUAGAAAGUGCGCCUGCUUUCGUAGAAUAUGGCAUAGACACUAAGGAUACAUCUUUUGCUAGCGAGGGGUCUUCUCCCUCCACGUCACCUUCAAUGCGUCAGGUGUCCGACCCAAAAUUAGAAAAGAAGGUUACUUUUGCGAGAUUAUUGAAUAAGGUAUCAGCAGAAAUGAGCUCUAGUUCAGAUGUAGAUAUGGUGAAUACAAUAGCCAUUCCGAUGGCAGUCAUAGCCGAUAGAAGUUCAAAAGCUAAAGCAUCUAGUACGCCUCCUUCGCCAGGGGUUGAAGUCAGGUCACCACAUAGCACAUCAAGUAAUCAAGGCAGCGAUUCAAUGUCUAGUUUAGACCUAACCGGACAUUCAACCUUAAAGAAAUACUCCAGGAGCUCAAAAAUCUCAAGUGCUGAUUCUAUCUUAGCGAUGUUUCGAAAUUUUUCGUCAUCAACAGCUCUCACGUCGAGAGCAUCGUCUGGUGGAAUAUCUAUAUCCAGUACUCCAACCGCAUCGUCUCCUCAGGAUGAUACCAUAGACGCUGAUGAUAUUUCCAUAAACUCGGCUCAUAUACCAUCCUUAGCACCGGAUUCACCCAUUGCAAGACAACAUAACACUAUAGAAAUACAGGUUGUCGAUCCACUAAAUGCUCACCGACCAUCAUCAUCCAGCAAUUUAUUGCACCCUCCGUCCAUUCUUCUUGAAGUGCCGAGUUCUAUUAACAAGUGCCUAUCACCCAUUCGAGAACUUCCCACACCACUGCCCACCCCGUUACCAACUCCACUCCCUACGCCGCUGCCUUCUCCCCGGAUGCCAAGAGCUAAGGUAGAAUCAGAUAGUAAAAGUGAAUCAACAACGUGUAUUUCUCCUAGCGAAGAUGAAUUAGAUGAGAUUAAAACGGAAAAAUGCCGGCCUUACCCUGAUUUACGACUCAAGCUUCGACAACCACAUAUGACAAGCAUUGAAACACCAACUUCAUCAACACAAAUAACAGACUCUCCAAGUCCUAGUAUUACUCAUAGCCAGGACUCAGAGCGAGAAAUGUCUUCGCCUUCACCAGUACCACUUUCGCUUCGUGUUCCCGUCCUUACAAUAGAAAGACCUUCCCCAGGGUCACCUCCUCCUCGUCGUACGCCACCUCACCUGGAAUUUCAACCUCCACCUUUAAUAACGGUAACAUACAAUGCGAGCGAAGAAUCAGACGAACCCUUAUCUCCAAGACCUCCACCGCCAUCAGCGAACAUGUGUUAUUUGAGUCCCUUCUCAAUGUCUGUAAGAGGAGAAAGAGCUCCGUCAGAGUCAAAUCUAUCAUCGUCGGGAUACAGUUCUAUGGCCAGCCCGGGACCAUCUCGCUGUGGUUCAAGCAAUCCGUUAUGUCCGUCAGAAAUGGAAGACCCAGGUUCUGGUGGAGGACCUUCGUGCUUUCCAUCCAGAAGACGGCCGUUGAUGAAAACCAAUUCUAGUCCGGCAACUUCUAAUGAAGGAACUGACGAACGGCGCCGGGGUAGAUCUGAUUCUGAAACUUUAUCAGAUGACCCCUUAUUAGAAUCUAAUGAUGAAGGAAUUGGUACUGAUGAAAGAGUAGACGAUGUCCCUUCAAGUGCAAAAGAAAUGGAAUCACUCGGGAUUUUAAAAGAAACUCUUGAUAUUCCCUUACCGCCGUUGUGUUCUCCAAGUGGUGUUACAAAGUGUACUAUAGUUAAAUGUAUAAGUGUGGAACGCGGUUUAGACGAGAAGGCCUGUCUGCGACCUCCUAUAUUGUUUUCUGACUGUAGCCAUCCACUAAGUCCUGUAAGUUCUAGGAGUGAAAGCCCGAUAAGUGAUAAAAUUUGUUUAGGGCGGUUUUCACCACAGUUCGGACGACUAGUACCCUUUACAGAUUCUGACGGUUUGUACGACUUUCCGAGUACAGAAAGCGUAAAGGGCAAUACGUGUAAAAGUAGUAGUAGUUCACACAGGAAGUCUGGAAGAAGAAGAGAUCGAAAGUCACCAAGGACGGUAUCUCAUGAAGUGACUGGAUCAAAUAAGUCACCUUUGCCGCAUAUGCCACAUUCCAUGCAUAAUUUAUUAGAGGUACCCUGUUACACUCGUGGUCGUAAAAUUGGAAGAAGACGUUCUCGAUCUCAAGUGCCCGCCCUCGCGUCCUCUUCAUCAUCAGAGGAUUCAAUAUCAAACGCUUCGGUAGCUUCUAUUGCGUCGGCGAGAGAACUAAGACUUCCAGACUUAGAUAUGCAGUCAGAGCUGACACGUUCGAAGAAACCGUUGAGGCGCCAGAAGUGCAGGAGUUCAGAGGAUACGGCUUCGAAAAUAUCGUCUAGCUUAGAUCUAACGGAAGGUUCUCGGAGACCAGUGAAAGUGAAUAAACUGAGGACUAUUAGUAAUCAGAUAAGGUGA